CUGGAUUGAUGGACUAUAUUUCUAAUCUACGCAUCUUAUCUUCGAGUGCUUGAACUUGGUCCCCAACUUCUUGUCUUAAUUGCUGAACAUCGGCUUUGACCUCAGCUUUUACUCCCUGAACGUCGUUUUUAACUUCUUGAACAUCGAUUUUGACUUCAGUUUUUACUUCCUGGACGUCGUGUUUAACUUCUUGCACAUCGUCUUUAACUUUUUCAAUCUUCUGGUCUAGGUUAGCGACAGUUCCUUGUAUGGUUUGGAAUAUCUUCUGUAGUUUUCCAAGGUCUUCUUGCCGUUCUUGUUGUCGCCUAGCUUCUUCUUCUUGUUUUUCUUUUUGUCGUCUGGCCUCUUCUUGUUGUCGUCUAGCUUCUUCGUCUUGUUUUUUUUGUUGUCGUCUGGCUUCUUCGUCUUGUUUUUCUUGUUGUCGUCUGGCUUCUUCGUCUUGUUUUUCUUGUUGUCGUCUGGCUUCUUCGUCUUGUUUUUCUUGUUGUCGUCUGGCUUCUUCGUCUUGUUUUUCUUGUUGUCUUCUUCAACUUUUUGUUCGUCCAUUUUGGCUUGUUGUCUUGUGUUUCUUCAAAUAUCUUUUCUGGUCUUUGCUCGAAGUUCUAAACACGCCGAAUAGAAUGUUCUGGAAUUUUCUUGAAACUUCUUUUCUAGAUGUCGAUUGAUA